AACCGCGCGAGUUGAUCUUCCGGUAGGCCACACGGAAGAAAGAAAGGCAGGCAGCAUGGCAGCGGCAGACAGCACAGUGUCUAAUGGACAAAAAACGGAUUCUCUUAACGGCGAGCCUGCUAUCAAAAGAUCACGGGAGAGUGCACAGGUUGAGUCGCUGCGGAUACCGAAAGAACCUCGUAAUAAAGUUACGGUGGUUCUCGGGGCUCAAUGGGGUGAUGAGGGAAAGGGGAAAGUGGUUGACCUGCUAGCCAUGGAUGCGGACAUUGUAUGCAGGUGCCAGGGGGGCAACAAUGCAGGACAUACAGUUGUUGUGGACUCAGUGGAAUAUGAUUUUCACUUGCUGCCCAGCGGAGUACUGAACAAAAAGGCUGUAUCGUUCAUUGGUAACGGAGUUGUAAUACACCUGCCUGGGCUUUUUGAGGAAGCUGAAAAAAACUCCAAGAAAGGCAAAGGUCUUCAGGGAUGGGAGGACAGGUUAAAGAUUUCCGACCGAGCUCACAUCGUGUUUAACUUCCACCAAGCUGUAGAUGGCAUCCAGGAACAGCAAAGACAGCUCCAGGCAGGAAAGAAUUUGGGAACCACCAAAAAGGGCAUCGGUCCGGCCUACUCCUCCAAAGCUGCUCGCAAUGGGCUGCGUGUCUGUGACCUUGUGUCCGAUUUCACGGUGUUCGAGGAAAAGUUCCGUGUGUUGGCAGACCAUUUUCUUAGCAUGUACCCAAACCUCAACGUUGAUAUUGACAGUGAGCUUCAACAGCUAAAGGACUAUGCUGAAAGGUUGCGCCCCCUGGUGACCGACGGGGUGUACUUCAUGCACAAGUCCCUAACCGGGCCCAGCAAGAAGAUCCUGGUAGAGGGAGCCAAUGCAGCCCUGCUGGACAUAGACUUUGGGACGUACCCCUUCGUGACGUCAUCCAACUGCACAGUUGGGGGGGUGUGCACCGGCCUGGGCGUGCCCCCCUCCUACGUGGGGAGAGUGUAUGGCGUGGUCAAGGCCUACACCACCCGAGUGGGCGUAGGAGCUUUCCCCACCGAACAGGAUAACGAGACAGGAUCCCUGCUGCAAAGCAGGGGGAGGGAGGUGGGUGUGACCACAGGCAGAAAGAGGCGAUGUGGUUGGCUGGAUCUGAUUCUGGUCAGAUACGCUCACAUGGUGAACGGCUUCACUGCUAUUGCUCUGACCAAGCUGGACAUCCUGGACACGCUGCCCGAGAUCAAAGUAGGCGUGGCCUACACUGUUGACGACCAGCCUCUUCCUAGUUUCCCUGCCAACAUGGACGUGUUGACGCGGGUGUCGGUGCAGUACGAGACCCUGCCGGGCUGGUGCUGCAGCACGGAGGAGGUGAGGAGCUUUGAGGGGCUGCCCUCCCAGGCUCAGAGCUACAUCAACUUCAUCGAGGAGUUCCUCCAGGUGCCAGUGAAGUGGGUCGGAGUGGGAAAGUCCAGGGAGAGCAUGAUCAAGCUGUUCUGAUUGGCUCUGGGUUCAGGAACUAGCGAUUUGCUCAAACUGCUUGGAACAUGAAGGACCGAACCCAGCGUGGAU